AAUGGAGGCCAGUACUGAAUCUUGCUGUCCUGGACUGUGCUGAGGAAACCAAUACUGCUGUCUGCAGAGACUUCAACAUCAGUGGCUUCCCAACUGUGAGGUUUUUUAAGGCCUUCUCCAAGAAUGGUUCUGGAAUAACAUUGCCAGUGGCUGAUGCUAGCGUGGAGACACUACGUAGGAAGCUCAUUGAUGCUCUGGAGUCCCACAGUGACAUGUGGUCCUCAUCCAGGCCAAAGCUGAAGCCUGCCAAGCUGGUGGAGAUCAAUGAAUUCUUUGCAGAAACUAAUGAAGAUUACCUGGUCCUGAUCUUUGAAGACAAAGACUCCUAUGUGGGUAGAGAGGUAACUCUGGACCUGUUCCAGCACCAUAUACCAGUGCACAGGGUCUUGAAUACAGAGAGAAAUGCGGUGAGCAAGUUUGGAGUCGUUGAAUUUCCAUCGUGCUACCUGCUGUUUCGGAAUGGCUCUUUCUCCCGAGUGCCUGUGGUGAUGGAGUCCAGGCUUUUCUAUACAUCCUACCUGAAGGGAAUGUCUGGACCAAUCCUGGUGGAUCCCCCAACCACAACCAUAAGCACAGAUGCACCAGUCACUACUGAUGUAGUACCCACAGUGUGGAAGGUUGCAAACCACGCCAGGAUCUACAUGGCCGACCUGGAAUCCUCACUACAUUACAUCUUUCUCGUAGAAGUGGGAAAGUUCUCAGUUCUGGAAGGACAGCGCCUACUGGCCCUGAAAAAACUUGUGGCGGUAUUGGCCAAGUACUUCCCUGGUCGGCCUUUGGCCCAAAACUUCCUGCACUCCAUACAUGACUGGCUCCAGAGGCAGCAGAGAAAGAAGAUCCCCUACAAAUUCUUCAGAGCUGCUCUGGACAACAGGAAGGAGGGCAUUGUUCUUACUGAGAAGGUGAACUGGGUUGGCUGCCAGGGCAGUAAGCCACAUUUCCGGGGCUUUCCCUGCUCCCUGUGGAUCCUCUUCCACUUCCUGACUGUGCAGGCAAGUCGGUACAGUGAAAACCACCCACAAGAGCCAGCUGAUGGCCAGGAAGUCCUCCAAGCCAUGCGGAGCUAUGUUCAGUGGUUCUUUGGUUGUCGAGACUGUGCUGAACAUUUUGAGAAUAUGGCUGCUUCCACCAUGCACCGGGUGAGAAGUCCCACCAGUGCAGUUCUCUGGCUCUGGACUAGCCACAACAAGGUUAAUGCUCGCCUCUCAGGUGCUCCUAGUGAGGACCCCUACUUCCCCAAGGUGCAGUGGCCUCUCCGUGAACUGUGUUUCGAUUGCCAUAAUGAAAUCAAUGGACGUGAGCCUGUGUGGGACCUAGAAGCCACCUACAGGUUUCUCAAGGCUCACUUCUCCUCAGAAAACAUCAUCCUAGACACUCCUGUAGCUGGACUAGCAACCCAGAGGAAUCCCCAGAUUCUAGGAGCUACCCCAGAGCCGCAUAUGUGAAGUCCUGCCCCAUUUCCGCUGAAGUCUCAAUGUUUCCUGCUUGGCCUUGGCCUUAAAUUGAGGUAGACAAGUCCAGAGUUUCCAUCCAGAAGAGAGGAUCCUGGGCUGGGUGGGCUGGAGUGGACCUCCUCACUGCAUUCUGAGGCUUCCUCCUUCCCUCCCUCUCAACAUGAAGAAAAUGCAGCAUCACUUCCAGCCUGCCCAGCUCUAGCACCCCAGACCUGGGUGGGGUUUGGCUACAAGAAAAUGGUCUGGAAACUUCAGAAAGUGACUCUGGUCUCCCAGAUUAAAACUAGGGUUUCUGCUGCAAGGUUGUAGUUUGAGGUUGGUGGGGUGGCAGGGGGGGUGGAUGAAAGUGGCUGGGCUGUGGGGUGCCUUGCUUGGUGGUGGGGGCAACGGGGUGGGUGACGCUGGGGUCCAGAUAGUCCUGUGCUAACUGCAAGAAGGCAGACUUCUCUCUGGGCUGGGGCUCUUGUCUUUUAUUUUGUCCUCUAAAAUCAGUGCUAACUGUUGGCUUAAGAGCAGCGAGGGAAGGGCUCCACUGCAGGAAGGUAGAGGCAGGAAGAGACUGAUACACAUGCUUCAUCCCACUCUCGUCCCGUGUGGAAUAAAAUUAUUUUGUUAAGUCACGAA